AUGCUUUCCAUUGAUAAUUAUUUCAAUUUCCUUUAUUUUGCACAAAGUAUAUAUUUAAUGGGAAACUCAAAGUCCAAAGAUUAUAGCAAAGACACAUUUUUUAAUACAACACAACUUAAACUCCUCUCCGGACACUUUAAUUUGCUGUUUACGAAAGGUACCAUUGACCAUUCCUUAACUCAGAAAUUGUUUGAAGUUGCAAACGAUCCUGAGAUUCACCCAUCUAUUGAAAAUUACUUAUCAAGCAAGGUAAAAGGCAAAAAAGACUUUGAAGGCUUUUUAAAGGCUUUAGAAAUUCUCAUUUUCGGGAAAAAUAAAACAGGAGGGAUAAGCUAUGACGUUAAAGGGCCAGUCGAGAGGUUUUCAAAUUUAUUAAACAUAUCAGAAGACACUCAAAAUUUCAAUGAAAUUUUACUUCAGCACUUAUUAGCAAUAAUCCAAGGAGAUUUCUCUAUAAUUGCUUCAGUUAAUCCUCACUCCAAGUCCAUCCGUGAUUUCCAAGCUUAUAUUCAGGUACAAUUCCCAGUCCUUGCCAACUGCUUCCCUAACUUUUUAAUUUCCAGACUCUUAGACAAGCCUCCUUCUCUUCCUCCAACUCUUAAUGAAAAUACCCAUUCUAUCAAUGAAGCUUUAUCAUUUUUAUAUCUGAGCUGUCCAGCUCUAUGUGGAAUUGAGCUGCUUAGGCUCUAUUUAUCAAAAGAAGACGGACUAAGCUUCAAUAGACUGGCAGCUGGACUUAACGGAUAUCAAGGCCCAAUGAUUUUGACUAUAAAACUGUCUGACUCAAUCUUAUUAGGAGCUUUUAUAGGAGAUGGUCUAAGAGAUAACGCUAAAUAUUCAGGAUCGAUGGAUACAUUUUUAUUUACUUUUUAUAAUGGAUACCGCACAUUUAGGCCUGAAGAAGGUGAAGGAGGCGGAAAUUUCAUUUAUUUUAACUCAAGGAUUGCAGGGACGACUAAAUUUCCGAAAGGGCUUGGGUUUGGAGGAAAUGUCCCACAGCCUGCAAGAGUUUGGCUUGAUGACGAUAUUGAUAUGAACUCUUAUGCAAUUUCUCAUUGUAGCACUUAUCCACCUGGAGAUCUAUUUAGUGGGGCUGAGACUGAUGGGAAAAUGCAUAUCGUGUCAAUUGAGGUAUGGGGAUGUGGAGGGGAAAAGGCAGCACAGGCACAGCAAGAGUAUAGAGAUAGUGAGGCACAAAGGAUACAAAAAAAUAGACAAGUAGAUAAGGCACAAUUUUUGGAUAAUCAGUUUGAUAAAGAUAUGCUGCUGGGAGGUACUUUUAAGAAUGCAGAGUAUAGAGAAAAAGCUGAGGCUGAGUAA